AGGUCCUGCAGGGUGUCAGUUAGUUCUUGGUAGUGGGAGGGAGAGGUACUUCAUCCUUUCAGAGCGCUAACUGCACCACUUCUUUAUUAGUUAUGUCGACUGUGACGAGGCGUAUGAUGGUGAGCGUUUUGUGGCGCCCACCAGCGUUGUCCCGAGGCUUCGCUACCACAGCUGCAACACACCAGGUGGCAGCAGCAGAGCAACGAAUCUCUGAGCCUAAACCUGUAUAUGAAGUGCCAGGACCCCGGGUAUUCCCAUUCCUGGGCACUUUGCCCUCCAUGAUCUUUGACAAGACCUUCAGGGUAAAUGCUCCUCACCUCUACCUCCUAAAGAUGAUGAAGACGUAUGGCCCCAUCUUUAAAUUUGUACUCCCAUUCAUGCCGCCGGCGGUAGUCGUAGCGAAUCCUUACGACACAGAGGCUCUCGUACGAGCCACCAUGAACAAUCCAGUCAGGGAUGGUUUCGAGUCUUACAAGAAGAUCAGACGGGACGCUGCAGACAAUUAUUUUGAAAAUAAAACGGGACUGUUGACAGAGAAUGGCGAGGAGUGGUGGAGGGUACGCAGCAGAGUUCAACCUUUAAUGAUGAGAAUCAAGGAAGUGGUGGCCUACCUGCCUGUCAUGGAUCAGAUUACUUUGGACUUCAUGAACAGAAUCGCAUCUCUGCAGUCACAGUUCGGGGAGAUGCCGAGUGACUUUCAGAAUGAGCUUUACAAGUGGGCUCUUGAAUCUAUCGGCAGUGUAACUCUGAAUCGCCGGCUGGGAUGUUUGGAUCCAAAUAUCGCACCGGAUUCAGAGCCCCUAAGGUUGAUCAAGCUGGUGAAUCAACUCUUUACUUCUCUGAAUGACGCAGAAUUCAGUGCCCAUAUUUGGAUGUAUUUCCCAACCCCGGCUUUCAAAAAACUCCAGAAGACUCACCAGGAAUUCCUAGAAAUUGCGGACAAGAACAUCCGAGAGACUGAGGCGGCGUUGCUGGCGCAGGAACCUAGUGAUGAUCGAGAACUGACACUGAUGGAGGGACUGCUCCUCAAGCCAGGACUCUCCCGCAAGGACGUGGUCACCCUCAUGCUCGAUAUGAUCUUCGGUGGUAUUGAUACAACGUCGAACAGUUUGGGUUUCGUACUGUACUUGUUGGCUAGAAACUCGGAGGUGCAGACUAGACUGCAAGAGGAGGUGGAUACUGUGCUCGGGGACCACAAAGGUCCACUCACUCCCCAUCACCUGGCCAAUCUCCACUACCUCAAGGCUGUUGUUAAAGAAUCCAUGAGGUUGUAUCCUACGUUUUUGGGCACAGGAAGAACUUUGGAUAAAGAGCUUGUUAUCAGCGGAUACCUAAUUCCUAAAGGGUGGCAAGUGAUGGUAAUGGGCACUCUGAUGGGCAGGGAUGAAGCUUUCUUCCCUCGAGCGGAGGAGUUCCUCCCUGAGCGUUGGAUGAGAGACAGACCUCUGGGCCCCAUUCAUCCUUUCUCCGCAGUUCCCUUUGGCAUUGGCACCAGGAUGUGCAUCGGUCGACGCAUCGCAGAGCAGGAGAUGUACAUCUUCCUGACUAGAGUGAUGCAGCGCUUCACUGUUGAUUACAAGUAUGAAGACCUCGAAAUUAUGUGUCGCCUGAUGUUUAGCUCUGCUUCACCACUCAAGUUCAGUUUCACAGAGAGGCGCUGAUUAGAUGUUGUGAGAGCCGUUGGCUGACAACCACAAGGGUUGCUGACUACUACUGGAGGAAGUGCUGUGCGAGAGGCUGAAUGACUUGUAAUCGAUGACUGCUGCGAAAGGUGCUGUCUUUAUAUGAGAGGUGUCUUAAAACUGUGAGGGAUGCGAUUACUGUAUGAGGACAGACUGAUUAUUAUGACAGAUGCUGACUUCUAUGUGUUGCUCUAGCCAUCAUCCAGUUGAGACCUAAUGUAAGUUUGAAAUUUGUAAAGUAUGUAACCCAAUUUCCUGUUAGCUGCAUCACGUUUCUUGUUAGAUUUUAUGACAAUGCUGAGUUAAA